AAAGACCGCACUCAAAGAAGUCCGAAGGCAGCCCAACAGCCCAUCUUCCCACAGUAAAGAUGGCGGCCCCCUGAGUGUAAACUGCAGGCAGUACCACUUCCGCGUUUCUCUGGCGCCCUCGUCCAAGAUGGCGGACGAGGCUACCCGGCGUGUGGUGUCUGAGAUCCCGGUGCUGAAGACUAACGCCGGACCUCGAGAUCGUGAGUUGUGGGUGCAGCGACUCAAAGAGGAAUAUCAGUCUCUUAUCCGGUACGUGGAGAACAACAAGAAUGCCGACAAUGAUUGGUUCCGACUGGAGUCCAACAAGGAAGGGACUCGGUGGUUUGGAAAAUGCUGGUACAUCCAUGACCUGCUCAAAUAUGAGUUUGACAUUGAGUUUGACAUUCCUAUCACAUACCCCACUACUGCUCCAGAAAUUGCAGUCCCUGAACUGGAUGGAAAAACAGCAAAGAUGUACAGGGGUGGCAAAAUAUGCCUGACUGAUCACUUUAAGCCUUUGUGGGCCAGGAACGUGCCCAAGUUUGGACUUGCUCAUCUCAUGGCUCUGGGGCUGGGUCCAUGGCUGGCGGUGGAAAUCCCCGAUCUGAUUCAGAAGGGCGUGAUUCAGCAUAAAGAGAAAUGCAACCAAUGAAGGAUCAAGCCACUGAGGCAGGACAGAGGGACCUUUGACGGGCUAUGUUCUGUUCCUGUUUCUGUGCCUCACUCCUACUCAUCCACCUGCUUCCCCCCCAAGCCCCUCCACCCAUAAUUGUUACUAAGUAGCCGCAUCAGGCGUUGCUGAAAAAAAUAAACAACACAAACGCCACUGAAUUUCUAAGGCUACACAGGGAGGGGAAAGACGGGGGCUUUGGAAAACCAAGGCAAUUCAUAUCCCUUCCCCAGGUGGAACAAUGUGAGAUCCAGGAAGGAUGGGAAGCAGGCUGGAAAGUGGGUGCAUAGUCUUUUUGGUCUCUGGAGAUAACUCAUCAAUAAAAGCUGCUUCCUUUGA